AUGGAAAGAACCCCGGUGUGUGAGCAAGAGUCAUGUGUUACUGUUGUACCAAGGCCUGCAAGCUUCGGAAAGUUCAAUGACCUGAACUUGAGCCUGACAGAUGCGCAAAAGGCUGAUGGCUGGCAUUACCCACUGACAAAGGAGCAGGAAUGGGACAGAUACGGCUACGUCGUGCGGGACCAAAUCCGGUUCACCGUGCAUGUUCAAGAUGGACUUGUAGACGUCGUCGAGGAUUAUCUCGAGACGGGCAAGAAGGACUUCAUUGACAUCAAUUUGCCCGACAAGGAGGGCAAGACACCUCUUAUGGUCGCCGCAAAGAACGGCCAUGCCAAGGUGCUGGCAGCACUGUUGCGAGCUGGUGCCGAUAUCGGCCUGGUUGACAAGACUGUGAAGGAUAAGAAGAUAACCGCCGUCGACUAUGCUAAAGGAUGGCCCCAUCAGAUUGGCACUGAACGACGAGAUGAUUGCCUGGAGAUACUGACAGAGUACUUGAGGACCGGGCAGGUUCCGGACGUCCUCUCGGUUCCUGAAGCGCAGAUGCAGUGA